AGCCUCACUUUGAUUGCUUGAGCUGAGCGAUAUCUUCUAUCCAUAGCCCUUGCGGUGUACGGUACCCACGGGAGUGUCUUCGGAACAUUCAAGUUUGAUAUGGGACUUAUUUGUUUGUUGAUGUUUUGCUCUUGACUCUGUGUAGAAGAUUGGUUUACGGAUGUGUAGCAUUUGCGUGGGAUAGUUAUUACACAAGACCCAAGCGUUGAAAAUUCAAGGUGCGUACAGGUAUUGGAUACCAAGUGCAGGACAUCCGGAGCAGAUUUUGUUAGAUGAUUUUCACCAAGCUAUAAAGCUAUCAAGGCUGGUACUUGAGGCCUGGGCUGCAUCAGGAACUUCCCACCUGAUGUGCAGCAGCCUCUGAUUGGAUACAAUGAUCACAUGACUGAUACUGAACUCUGGAUUGUUGUUUGAGAUGUGAAUGAUCACAUUCAUUACUUGUUCAUUAAGUACCAACAAUCUUUGGAAGUGUUCUGUGUAUAUUACCGGUUCAUAGUGAGUGUUUUGAAUUGUAAGGAACAUGUAAUUGUGGGAUUCCAAGUCUGCCGACAUGCUGAAUUACUGUGUAAAUAUUCUGUGUGAAGAGCUGAGAUCAAGGGGAGGUAACUAUGCAGACAUCACCCGAACCCCAGCCUUUGACCAGGCUGAAUGUAACGAAACAUGAUCGAAUAUGGGAUAAGGAAUCUCCCAAAGGAUUCUUUGGAUUUGACAAUUCCAAUACUCUAUUUUCACCACCAUUAAAACACAUCACUCCAGAAACAACAGAGGAAUUGUGGGAAAAGUUUGAUCCGCUGGAUUUGCUUAUUGACUCGGCCAGUGAGAGGAGUAUAAAAAGUGAGUCAUCAUCGGAUACGAUGAUAAUGAUGACAACUGAAGAAGAGAAAAGAAAUGAAGAACGUAUAAAGAAUAGUUUCAUGGAAUAUGAACUUCAGAAAGGUGUGAAGAAUCCACCGAUGAAGCAGGCUUCUCACAACUACUCGGCAGAUGGUUUUGUUGUGCAACACUGUGAUUACAGCAAUAACAAUGAUCACAAGAAUCCAGAUGAAGAUUUCCUAAAUGAUGAAGGUUACGGCACUGACAGUAGAACAAACACCACUGCCUCACUGUCAUCCCCCUUGUCAUCAAGCUUGUCAUCCUUGUUGACAUCAGAAAGCUCAUCUAGUCAGGGUAGCAUGCAAAAAAAUCUAAAUGUGAAUUCACGAUCACAACAAAUUCCCAGUAAUGGACGAAUAGUUGUUGGCUCCCGUCAGAACAUUAUUGCUAAGAAAAAAUCCCAACCAGUGGAAAAGCAGGACAAUUCACUUAUGGAAAAGUUGCGUGCAUUGACAACCAUUCAGGAAGAGGAGUCGGCAGGAGGUCCAGAAACAACCAAUCAGAAUGUGCCUCAAAACAAUGAUCCAAGAAGGGCACCUGACCAGAGGUCAGGUGACUAUGUAAAUGAACAACGUCAAUUCCAUGAAAGUCAAAGGUCAUAUGUUAAUGACCAAAAUGCAUUUGUUAAUGAAGCCAGUAGUUUUGCUGGCAACAGAUAUGCCAAUGACUCGAGGAAUCCUGCACUAAGGUUCAAUGGUGAAACUGAAAGGACUGAACAGCCAGGCUACAACAAGCAAAAGCAUCCAAAUGAUGCCGGUUGCAAGAUAUUCAUGGAGGAAAGUACCCGGAGUGCACAAGAUGGCAUAUUCCGAGCUGUGCCUGUGAAAAUUGGUCAAGGACCUACCAACUCCAACAGACGAAGAAGCGAUGGUAGUGAUACUCACCGGCACUCUGUGUCCCAGAUGGAAAACAUUCCCUUCAAUGGAACAGAUGCAUUCAGACGUGCUGAGGUAGAUAUCAGAGAGCAAGAUUCUAAAAAUUGUAAUGGCGAUAUGUCAAGGUCACGACCUCAUUUGCAUGGUGACAGUGUUAAUAAUGUUCCAUCAGGGGAUGUUCCCCCAGCCAACUUAACCAAGCAUCCUAACCACAUGUACUCUAUGCCAAAUCUGGCAAAUGACGCACGGUCAGCCCCAUACCAGGGUCAAGUGGUCAUGCGGAGACCGAAAACCUGCUCUCCCCAGCAAAAUACUCGCAAACGAGAUUUCCGUUAUUCAUGGGAUUGUACUGAUGUACAUUUGAUACAUUCAAAGUUUGAGGUGGACAGUCGUAAUUUGACAAACAACAACACCGUCAAGAAUGAGGAAACACCAAAACUGUCCAAUCAGUUUCGGGCAACAUCAGAGAUGGCAUUGCAAAAUGGAAGGGCACUUUUUGCACCAUCGUCUGACAUUUAUAAACUCUUCCAAGGUCAAGGUCGCACUGGUUUUUCGCAGGGAAAGCAAGCCUCGCAUCGUCACAGUUUUCAUGCCAUGCCUUCCCAAACAAACUUGUCAUUGCAAGCAACAGACCCUUCUAUGGAAGAAGUGCGACACCGCCUGCGUGCUGCCUCAUCCAACCGGUGUGGCUCUCCAUCACAAGCCAAGAAUGGCCCGGUUAGGGCAAGUCAUGAGAUAUAUAAGUAUAACAACACUGAUGGCUGCCCUCCCCACAUGGCAAACCAUCAGGUUCGACCAAAUUCUUUAACAGAGGCAAAUGACAAGCUGUCAACGCUUGUCUGAAUUUUGUUUACAUUAUAUUUAAUCAGGAAUGGACAGUUGUGAUUAUGUUGUUGAUUAUUGUUGAGACAUUUUCAAUUUGUUUUGGUUAAGAUUAUUAUAUUUACAGCCAUCCAUAAAUGUUUGCUGCUGAAAAGUGCCUGUAUAAACAUUUGAUGAAAUGUUUGAAAACCAGAUAAAAAGCAAAUUAAACCAGUUGCUUUAUUUUCUGAUCCUAUCAGCUCGACAUCAUCGACAUAGAAACUACACAGUGUGCACUGCAAGUUGUAUAUUUUAUGAAUUAUUUAUCACAGGAUAUUGUAGUGAGAACUAUCAGGAAUGACAUAUUUUGAUUCUGAAGAGUUCUGUUUUCCAGCCUACACAACUAUAAAUGUUCUUUCAAUAGCAUUAUAUAUCUGUGAAGCAAACAUGCAUUGGCCAUUUUUUUGAGGUUGGGUUCCAUCUAGCAGGGAUACAUUACAGUAAUAGCUAUUCACCUUGUUGAAGAUUUCCUGCCAGCUAGUAACACAACUACAGCACUCAGCAUAUGUGCUCCAUAGAUGGUCAUGUAAUACCAAGGGUUUAAUGAUGAAUAUAAUGAGAUAUUACAGGUCAAUUUUGAUUUGAAAAAGAGAAAAGUAGGUGAAAGUUUUACAAGGGUCAGGUUGCUCGAAAAGAAUGUUUAGAAUUUUAGCUAAAUAAAGUUUAUUCAUUUUGAGGUGCUUUAGAAGCUAUAGGGAUGUCUGGACCUCUGCUGGAACAGUCCCCAUCUAAUUGUUUACAGCUAUUAUUACUACGCAAACUGUUUGUAAGGAAAACAGGAAGCACUAUGAAUCCCAGCCAACCUGAAGUUCUUAUGUCUGUUUGUUGUGUUGAAAGAUACACUACUGUAUAUAGCAUAUAUAACGCUAGUAUCAGAUGGCCUUGUCUGCUGAUAAUGGCUUCAAUGUGUAUUUAUGGAUAUUUAAUAGGCCUCAAUACCUUGUUUACAUGCUUUGCAAUCAGUUAUGAAAUGAAGGCAGCAACUUGUAGCAUUCUGAAUAUUUCUUAACCAGAAAGCUAACAAUUCAUAUGUCACUGUGUGUGGACAAACGGUUUAGUGAGUGAUGUAUUUCUUAAUGUGUGAAGUAACAUGUUCGACCUGAUGAUUGAAUACCCUUUCCACUGCCUAGCUGGAACUCCCUUCUGUCAUUGAUGUGUUGCAAGACCAGUAAGAAAGUGCAUGAUAAGCAUGAAUAGAUUAUUUGGCUUUUACUGUCUCAAACAACAAUUUUAUCUCAUCUUGGAAGGAGGGGACUGGGGUUGGUGGGGAGGGUGUGUGUGUGGUGGUUGGGGGGCAGUCAUCAGAAGCAUGUAAUUCAUUGUGCAGGGUUAAUGUCCUAGUCUGUCUUACAGACCCUGAUACAAAUAUCAAAUACAGCCCAUGCAAGUCUAUAAUGGUUUGGCAAGUCUAGAUUACUGCAGUAUCAAUGAAAAUGAAGAGAUUCUCUGGGCCUCUUUUUAUUAUAUUUUUGAAAAUGUUGAUGUAUUCAAUAUUAACAUAUUGUCAUGUCACUUGAUGAGAUAAACAUGUUAUUUCACAAGAAAAAUCAAAUAUCCACUGUAUAUCAUUUUCUGAUUACUUGUCAGUUUAAAAAUGUUUUGUUGCAUGUAUUAUGUUGUUGAUUAUCAUCAUGAGAUUUCUACCAGCUCCGCCUAUCUACCAGUGUGUACUGGACAUAUUAACCCUUGGGCUCUUGUACAGCAGAUAAGUAAAGAAAGUGCAAACUGUAAUCAAAAUAUUUAGAGCCCCUCCCUUUAUAACAGUUAUACUUUACCACAAUAUCUAAAUAUGAAGAAAUUACUUUUGAGCUCAGUGUUAAAUCCAGAAAAAUUAGAAAGAUAACUUCACAUAAACCGAUUUUAUGUAAGGUGUUUGUUGUUAUCGUGACAGAAGAUUAUCUGAAGGUUAGGAACGAUGUGCUCCAUGAUCACAGUAAACCUCUGUGUCCACUCUGGAGUACAUUGUAGACCACUGUGUCCACUCUGGGGUGGGAACGUGUUGUCCACUCUGUACACUGUAGACCACUGUGUCCACUCUGGGGUGGGAACGUGUUGUCCGCUCUGUACACUGUAGACGACUGUGUCCACUCUGGAGUACACUGUAGACCACUGUGUCCACUCUGAAGUUGGAACGUGUUGUCCACUCUGGAGUACACUGUAGACCACUGUGUCCACUCUGGGGUGGGAACGUGUUGUCCACCCUGGAGUACACUGUAGACCACUGUGUCCCACUGGAGUGGGAACGUGUUGUCCACCCUGGAGUACACUGUAGACCACUGUGUCCUGCAGGAGUGGGAACGUGUUGUCCACCCUAGAGUAUACUGUAGACCACUGUGUCCCACUGGAGUGAGAAGGUGUUGUCCACCCUGGAGUACACUGUAGACCACUGUGUCCUGCAGGAGUGGGAACAUGUUGUCCACCCUAGAGUACACUGUAGACCACUGUGUCCCACUGGAGUGAGAAGGUGUUGUCCACCCUGGAGUACACUGUAGACCAGUGUGUCGCGCUGAAGUGGGAACGUGUUGUCCACUCUGUACAUUGUAGACCACUGUGUCACGCUGGAGUGGGAAGUCGUUGUCCACCCUGGAGUACACUCUAGACCAGUGCAUUAGUCCUGCACCCCAGCUCCCUACAACAGUCACUAACUACACUAGUAAUACCAGGUGACUCAUGUCUCCAAUACAUUCAUCUCCAUGUUCAACUUUGUUCCCAGCAAUCACAGCGCAUGGUCUACGGCGCCACAAUUUGCUUUGCUGAGUUGUGUCCCUUGGGUGUGCAAAAGAACCUAUGAUCAUGGGUUCGAGUCUCAGUUCACCCUGAUUAUGUUUCCAGGGUUUUUCAGCACCAUACCUGUGCUCGUGGGUUUCACCAAAGUGGUAAAUGUCUGAGACCUGCAUCACUUCAGGCUUUCCUCCCACAUCAAGCUGAUGUGUUGUGAUGUAACUGGAAUACUGUUCAAAAUGGCAUUAAACCCAACUCGCUCACUCCUAUCAACCACUCUGUAGCAAGACACUGCUUGCUGCCCCUUUGCUGAGCUACGGAAGUCAAUGGUAGAUUAUUUCAACAGAGAAAUGAAAUUAGCACAACAUGAAAUGUUCAUUUCUCUCCAACAUAAAUGUAUGGCAAAAUGUCAUAUUGAAGUAAUCUUUUCUCUUUUACUUAUAAAUUCAAUUAUAAACUUCAUUCUGCAUCCUUCGUUCUGAAGCAUUUCCAUCCUGAGUCAUUGGACAUCUUCCACCAUUGAUCUUCACCCCACAUACACUCCUUUAGGAGAGAAACACGAGGCAUCUGUAAUUGGUGUUUUACUGUUCUUCCCAAAGCAAAUAACACCUAACUAAUUUGGUGUUUUAUUUUUGUAGUACAGCAUUAUGCAAUGAACUGUGAAGUUGGUACGAUUUUUCUGGUUGUUAUAUUUUGUUACAAUUUAUGCUAAAUCUGUUUGCCAGUUAUAAAAGUUCUACUAUAUCCAGUUUUUCUCCUAUUUGUUGCAAAGUUCUACUGAAUAUAUCUUAUGAACAAUCUGAAACAUGAAAUACAAUCAAAUAGAGAUUGAAUGGAAGUAUUUCUUCAGUCAAUUUAAUCAAUGAUUUAUUUAAAUUAUUAUAUGUCAAGAUAAUUAUUUAUCAAAGUAUUACUUGUUGCUUUAAAUAAAUAGCAUUCUAACUUCUCAAAGACUUACUUGACCGUUCUACUACUUGUAAUGCUCUUAAAGCUUUUAGCAUUUAAACAAGUUUCCCAGUGAUGAGAAGAAAUUGAAAAGGUGUUACAGUUGGUACUCCUCUCUGUUUCUUCACAAGCUCUGUGAAUUACUGAAGCCAGGUGUAUUGUGAUCACACACAGGGUGGUGGUUGUAGGGUCUGGGGGAGGCAGGUAGGGUGUGCCAAGCACAGUGACAUACUCCUUGCUGUUGUCUGUGAAACCAGGGACACCACAUUUAUUUAUAUAAAUACUAUUUUUAGUUGCCAUGGUGAAUAAAGGAAUAAAGUUGAUGCUGCAAACUCGCAACAGUCAGGUUGUUGUAAGGGAUUUGGAGAGGUCAACUCACAACCUGAAGAUUUGUGUAUAUUGAUAUGGUGUAUGUAAGUAAUUAAGGGACUGGUAAUUUAUUAUAGGGAGCUAGGUGUCAUGACAGCGAAAGAGAGGGAUUGCCAAAAUGUAUUGGAGGGGGGAGUGGAGGGUCAUGAGGAAAUAUUACAUCCAUUUUGGGGGGCAUGAAAACAUGUUACAUAAAAUGAAAUGGGGGGAGGGGUCGAAAAAAUAUGAUAGUCUUAGACCAGUCACACACACCCUAUAAUAAAUUACCAGUCCCUAAGUUCUAUGCAAGAAAUAUACUUGAGCUUCACUCAUCAGCUGUUGUAAGCCUCCUAUGAGAGUGUGUUGUGAUGCAGUGCUUGGACUGGGAAGGACUGGGAAGAAGGGUCACCUGUCAGAAUAGGUGUCAUUCAAGUUGGUGAAUCAGUAAUACACAGGGCUAUGUUGCGAUACAAUAUGUGCUGGACUGUGACACAGAGUUAAUCUCAGUCUAUGGAAAGUGUUCUGUGCAAGUAAUGGUGUAGUAUUCAGCUUGCUUGAUAUGCACAUCUGUAUUCAAUAAAAUAAUUGUGUAAAUCUAA